AUGUUUUCCAUCGGCAAACCCAGUGAUCAGGCGACAUUCGGGACACUACAGCUGUCCUCAGCGUGUGCCUUUCUCUUCAUCACCGUCAUGGAGAUACAAUAUCCACAGUCCAACGUAGUGUUUCGAAAUGUGGGUCAGCUCUACUUUCCUCAAACCAGAAUAGAGUGUCACUUCAGCGUGACUUCUCAACAUAUGUGGAGCAGCAGUGACUGGAUUGGAAUCUUUAAGGUCGGCUGGUCAUCACUGAGAGAGUACCAUACAUACGCAUGGUCGCUUGUACCUGAAGGGUACAAUGAAGGAAGUACUGUCGACUGCUGUGCACUUUUUCAAGCCUUCUACCUGCCUCGCCCUAGCGCCGUUGAGUACUGCUUUGUCUACGUGGACAAGAUGGGGAAAGUUUGCGCCCAAAGCCGCCCCUUCACCUUCUGUGCUCCCAGACCUUUGGAUGAACUGGAGACUCUGAUGGAGGAGCGCAAUGAAGAAGAUGAUGGUGAGGAGGAGGAAGAGCUGCUCUUGGUGGUCCCUAGAGCGCAAUUGCUGCAGCGUAAGCUGGAGGAGUGCAUGAGGGAGAAGGCUGAGUUGAUGCAGGCUGUAGAUGAAGCCAAACAGGAAAUAGAGGAGGAGAGGAGGAGCAACUCAAAUGCAAAGGAGGACUGGAAGAGCCAAAGGGAUGAAUUGAAGGAGGAGAUUGAAAAUCUCCGUCAAACCCUAACAUACAAAUGUGAUGCCUUAAAAAUGGCAGAAGGAAAACACAAGGAUGUGGAAUGCAGUCAGGAAAAUCUCAACUCUGAACUGACUCAACUAACAUCUGAAAAAGUGCAAAGUCAACAACAAAUCAAAGACUUGCUGGAGGAAAUCAAGGUGCUAACUGAUAGAGAGAAGGAGAGAAAUGUGGAGUUGGAAAGGCUAAGGGAGAUACUGAUGAAAUUAUCCAGCCAGAUCAAACAUGAUGAAGAAAAGAGGAAGUUGCUUCAGGCGGAGCAUGAGGCCACACUGGUGGAGCGCCACGGCCUUCAGAGUCGCCUGGAGGCGAGCGAGCGCUCAGCCGAGGGACUUCGCACGGAGGUAAGGGAGCUGGGUACCCGUCAGGGCCAUGCGUACGCUGAGCUGCACCAAAGCCGCCUGCAGGUGGCCCAGUUGGGCCUGCAGCUCUCUGAGGAGAAGCUUCUACUCAUGGAAGAGCGCGCCAACUGGGCCUUGGAGAGAGAAGCUUUCAGGAACGCGGCACAGGCUGACAAACAGAAAAUGGAGGAGUUGAGGAGUGAGAUGCGAAGAAAGGAAGAGCGACUGCGAGGGGAAACUACCGAAUUGGAGAAGCUGCAAGCAGAGGUGAAAAGAGAGAAUGACAGAAAUCAGAUGGGCCAGCAGGGUGACACGAAACAGCUGAUGCUACCAGCACUUGUUGAGCCAGUCCUCAGGUGA